AUGAAGUUAUUGGUCGAGUUCUGUGAGAGAUCCAGCUGCUACGCAGCCCUCCACAGCAGCGACGCCACCGAGAUCUUCAAGGCGACAGGGCUUACGCAGACGCGCCACUUCUGCCGCGCCCUGCGCGUGCAAUGCACGGGGAGAGACGAUGCUUUUGUGGGCUGGAUCGGGGACCAGUGCCUUUCUCCAGGAGUGAUGCAGAUGGCCAAACCCUUCGCAGAAUGCCUGGGCUUAGAAGAAGGAGAGCAGAUCGAAGUUUUUUCUCACUCUGCUCCUCUGGCUCGAAGUGUCAUGGUUCAACCGAACAGCAUUGAUGACUUUGAGGUGGUAGAGCUUCAAGCAACAUUCAUCGAGGAGAAUUUGCUGAAACAGGUCUCGGUGCUCAUGCCUGGCAUGGCAUUUCCAGUAUGGGUCCAUGGCCUAGUUGCAAUGCUCCGGGUUGAUCCAGCUGAUGCCAACACGUCACCAUGUUUUAUGCUUGGACUUGACACGGAGCUAGCAAUUGAGUCACGACGGCGAUCUGAAGGGGUCCCAAUUUCCUCAGGGAGUGGAGGUGAAAACUGCUUCCACUUGAGGGUGUUUGCUCUUCUUGAGGAAAUUGUUAUUCCACAGGGUCUCGUGCAUGAGAAGGACUUGGACUCUUUGGCCAGUGGCCUAUCCAGUUGCCUCACAUGGCUUGACAUGUCGAGAUCCAAAACCUUGAGACCAGAAGAUAUGCAGCUUCUUCAGCUAGUGGUGAGUGACAAGGUUCCACGCGGGCACAUCAUUCUCGGCGCCACCUUCGCAAACUGUCUUCACGUCCCCUGCUUUGGGCUGGUAAAGCUUUGGCGCUGCUGGCAGGUACCCGCCUACGUCCCAAGAGUGGAAUUGGUGCCCAGACUUCGGAGUGCAGAAGGUGUUUGGGAGAUGGGCUCGCUCCGACGACGCUUCGAAGCGCUGGUGAAAGCACAUGGCGAAAUUGAAGUUGCUGAUGGAGCACCCCUGCUGCUGCGGCCAGAGAAAUUGGCCUCAAAGGAUUCACCGGCGACAUCUGUGCCAGAUGCUGGAACUUCCGGCAGCGAGGUGGAUUUGUACGAGGGCCUCUCAGACAUUUCGGACAUCUAUCAGCGGCAAGUGGAGCCAGCAAUCUGUGCUGAUGAUGACUGUGGGGUUUACGAGGUGCUGCAGCUUGUCAUCGAAUCUGGCGAUGAAAAGCAAAGCGACUGA